ACCUAUCGCGCUCCUCCUCCACGUGAGUGCAACGAAGAUGGCGGAGGACAGCACGGUUCCUAGCGAUCUCUACCAACAUGUGUACUCGUUUCUCGUGGAAAACAAGUUCGCCAAAGCUGCGAAGGAGUUUUUGAGGCAGGCUAAAGUGAAACCUCAAGACCAAAAUGAGGACAGUCUUAUGGACAUCUUCAAUUUCUGGGUCAAAUCCCCAGAAACUAAAAAGCGUAAAGCGGUCACCAGUGGGCCUGCAGCCGUCAAUGGCCCAUCAGCCAAGAAAGCAAAGAAAGAUGCGGACAGUUCAAGUAGUGAAGACUCGAGCAGUGAAGAAGAGCAAGCAGCACCUGCAAAGAAAGCUGUACAAGUGAAAGCUCCUCCUCCAAAGAAGCCAGCAGCUGUAGCCACUAAAGAGAGCAGCUCUGAAGACUCCAGUGACUCGGAGGAUGAAGCGCCAGCUAAAACAACAGCAAAGAAGCCUGCUGCUGUGAAAGCUGCUGUUCAGCCCGCAGCGGCAGCCAGGAAGAAGGACACCAGCUCCAGCAGUGAGGAGUCCGACUCUGAAGAGGAGCCCAGCAAAACUCCAGCAAAAGUGGUUAAGCCUGUGACAGGAACGCCUAAAACAGUGUCCACUCCGGUGUCUGCAGCUCAGAAGAAGCAGGACAGCAGCAGUGAGGACAGCUCCAGUGAUUCUGAGGAUGAGCCUCCAGCGAAGAGCGCAGUGAAAGCAGCGGUCCCAGUAAAGACUCCUCCACCAGCCAAACCUGCGGCCCCUGCAGUGUCCAGUAGUGAUGAUUCAUCCUCAGAUGAGGAAGAUGCUCCUCCUUCUAAGAAACCCAAGACUGGACAAUUCAGCGCCGUUCCUCCGCCUGGAACACUGACGGCUCAAGCUCCAGUCAAAACCCCUGCUUCAGUUAAGACUGUGACUCCCAAAGCGGCUGCUAAGAAUGACUCAUCCAGUUCUGACAGUUCUGAUUCAAGCUCAGAAGAUGAAGCAAAGAAGCCAGCGGUCAAAGCUGCACCGGCUAAAGCAGCCCCAGCUAAGAAGGCACCCACAAAAGUUGCUCCGGCUCAGAAAAAAGACUCCUCGAGCUCCGAUUCUUCAAGCUCAGAGGAUGAAGCGACGAAGCCAGCUAUCAAAGUCACACCAGCAAAAGCUGCGUCUGCUAAAUCUACACCCGCGAAAGCCGCUCAGGCUAAAGCUGCGCCGGCUAAAGUCACUCCAGCGGCGGAGGAAUCUUCAUCUUCUAGCUCUGAAGAAUCUGAGGAAGAAUCCAAGAAACCUGCAGCUAAAGUCGCCCCGGGUAAAGCUGCAGCUAAACGUGCACCACCUAAGAAAACGCCAGCUAAAGUCACGCCGGCUGCAAAAGAGUCUUCACCGUCAAGCUCAGAUUCUGAGGAAGACGAGCCACCCACCCCGGCUAAGGCCACUCCUGCUAAGGCUGCUCCUGCUAAGGCUACCCCAGCUAAAGCCACCCCUGCUAAAGCUGCUCCUGCUAAGAAAGAUGAUUCCUCAAGUUCAGACUCAGAAAGCUCUGAAGACGAGGCACCAGCUAAACCAGCAGCCACGUCUAAACCAGUGAGUACUCCUAAACCAGGAGCCAAGCCUGCCGAGUCUAGCUCAGCCUCGGACAGCUCCUCAGAUGAAGAUGAGGGACCUCAAAAGAAACCUGUCACCACACCGGUAUCUAAACCUGCCCCGGCCAAACCUCCUGCAGCCAAAACCACCAACAAACCAGCGGAAAGCAGCAGCUCCAGCUCAGACAGCUCCUCAGAUGAGGAACCGAAAAAGAAACCUGCCACCACACCAGUAUCUAAACCCACCCCAGCCAAACCUACACCCACAGUCAAAACGACAAACAAACAAGCUGAAAGCAGCUCGGACAGCUCUUCAGAUGAAGAAGAUAAACCUCAAAAGAAAGCCGCCACUACACCGGCAUCUAAACCUGUGGCUACCUCGGCCAAAACCACCCCUGCAGCUAAACCAGCGGAGAGUAGCUCUGAUUCAGACAGCUCAUCAGAUGAGGAAGCACAGAAGAAGACCACCACACCGGUCCCAUCCAAACCUGCUACGCCUGCUAAACCUGCAGCUAAAGCAGCAGAGAGCAGUUCUGACAGCUCAGACUCUGAGGACGAAACUCCAGCUGCUAAAACCGCUAAACCUGCAGCCGCUACUGCUACUAAGAGCCCUGCUGCUGCCUCCAAACCACCCGUUUCAGCUAGUAAGCCUGCAGCCGAGUCCAGCAGCAGCGAUUCGGACAGUUCCAGUGAAGACGAAAAGCAAGCAAAGACUACAGUGACACCCAAAGCUGCGCCUAAGCCAGCCGUGACUCCAGUCAACGCAAAGAAAGCGGAGAGCAGUAGUUCAGAAUCAUCUGACAGCUCAGACUCUGAGACUGAAGCUAAGAAGACUCCCGCCAAGCCGGUUGUGGCCAAUGGGAAGCCUGUGACAAAAACCCCGACUUCUGCAGCGAAGACUCCGGCUAAAAAGACAGCAGAGUCUUCAUCCUCGAGCGACAGCAGUUCUGAUGAAGAGGAGCCGUCUAAAACACCCGCCACGAAAACGCCACCCGCCACGAAAACGCCACCCGCUACGAAAACACCACCCGCUACGAAAACACCACCCGCUACUAAAAAACAAGCUGCUGAGGCUAAAGCAGAGAGCAGCUCUUCUGAGGAAUCAUCUGAGGAAGAGGAAACACCGGCCGCCACAAAUGGUACACAGAGCGCAAAAAAGGCGACCCCCAAAAACAAAAAGAUUGCCACAUCCACGCCUCAGACAUUUCCCAGAACUAAACAGAAGGACAGCAAUGCUCCUUUCCGUAGAAUAAGAGAGGAGGACGUUGAGGUGGACCCCCGUCUCAAAGACAACUCAUUUGACGCAAAGAUGGGAGCCAACGGAGACUGGGGCCAGAAAGCCAACAAUGUACUUAAAUUUACCAAGGGCAAAUCUUUCCGACACGAAAAGACCAAAAAGAAGCGCGGCAGUUACAGAGGCGGCGCCAUCUCCACCACAGUCAACUCCAUAAAGUUCGACAGCGACUGAGAUCAUGAACUCGAUGGACUUCAGAACUUUCCCAGUCUGUCUUUUUGUAUUAUUCUGACCGAUCUACUCUCACUUCCCUGCACUGCUCUGGGAACAGUACUGUUGGACUGAAGUGCGUCAUCCUGAAGUUACAUGUAUUUGUCUUUCAUGCAGUUAGCUGUAGUGACCACACGGUGGCGCCACUUCACUGAAUUUUUUCCAAUAGAAAGCCUCUGAUUAGCUUCUGUGAGGGUUUUGGCUUCACUGUUAAUGUGUUUUGAAGUUGGCUUUGUAUACGGUUGUUCUAACAGGUAAUUAUAUGCUUAAAAUGACGGAGUAAUUUUCUUUAGUUUUUUAAUUAUGCAUCUUAAAUGUCAUUGUUAUGGUUAAGUUAACAUUUAUUAGCCUAUCCACAUAUCUUGAGCCUAGUGAUUUGACUCAUUUAAAGAAGCCAUGCAGUUAAUGACUCCGCCCACUUCUGUUUGACAGGCACACUGGAGGACGCUCGAGUCAUCCUCAUUCGCUUUUAGUUUGGAUGUUUUAUGGUUUCACUUCUGUGUUAGGCAGAGUUUUGUCAUUUGCUCUCCUUUAUCAGUCUUGUACCUUUAAUUAAAACUUGGACUGAAUCUCGACUUUUCCUCAUUUCCAAAUGUUCUUACCUAGUUGCAUAUUAGAAUCAAGUUUUAUAAAGUUGAUUUGAACGCUUCAGUAUUCACAUUUUUAUGGGUCAAUAAUUAGCGCAAAUUGUUAACUACAGGUGUCUGUUUGCAAAUAUAUUGAAAACUUUUAGGUUUUGUCACAUUAUGCUCAAUAAAAUAAAAGCUGUGUGUGCAGAUCUACA